GGCCUGUACAGUGGUCGAUCGCUGAGACAAAAUUUUCUCUCUUCACCGCCUCGAGAAGAAGGUCAAAGUGAACCAAAAUGUGGAGCAUCAUCAGGUAUAAAUUGCAGGGGACAACGUCGCCUUCAACCACACAAAUCAACGAACAUCUCUACCAAACUACUACUGCACAAUGAACGUACUUCCCACAGAAGUACUUGCCCAAAUCAUCGAGGAAGCAUGGGCACUUCCUCUCACACCCUUCGAACGACUCCGAAUGGCGACCUCAUCUGUUCUCGUCAGCAAAUCGUUCGCAUGGGAAUUCACUCGCGUGUUCUGCACCGACGUACACGUUUUUUCACCCUCCCAUCUUAACCACGUCAUCGGCCGAAUGCUACAACGAGACACCGUAGCCUUCCAGUUGACCGACUCGUCCUUUUCGCCGUCAUCAUUCUGUAGGUCCAUCACUUUCCUCCUCGAAGUCGAUCCCCAUGGCACUAAUCCUGUAACGCACCCAGUAUCCGAGGAAAUGCACGACCUCAUGCCAGUUCUUCAGCAAUUAUUCCCCAAAGCCAGCCGGAUAUCGAUGAACUACCACAACUGGUGGUAUAACGACGCUUCGCUCGCACGGCUCCAGCUUCCGGAACAAGUCACCGAGCUGGAGUUGAUGUACACGCAUAGCGAGUGGUACCUACAAGAUCGUCUGGAGAAGAUUUCGAGGAUCGAUGUCAUCCCACCGUACGACUUGCCCGGAGUGAAGAAGUUGACGAUCAGGGGAGGGAAUCGCCUGUUCAACAGCCAAAUAAAACAGACUUGUUACAACGCUCGAGACUGAUGCAUGAUGAAUAAACGGACAAUAGCUAUUGGUUGAAUUACUUGGACUUUUCUUCUUUGUUUCUGUCGCAUGAUCUAUCAUCUAUCUUAGUACUUCUGGACUUGCUAUCUAUAUCCUCUUUUCGUUUAUCUUUCACCAUGUUACAUUUUGGACAAUUCAAGUUUUUAACACGAGCUAUUCCCGAUCCGGGAUGUUAUCGUCAAUACAGACUACUUGGAUCCACUUCCUAUUCGUGCAUGGCUUUCAAGAAGCGGCUCAUGGCUAAUCGUUGUCAAUGCAUUAAACCCGACAACACUCAUCCACGAGCGCCAGCUUACAAUCCGUGGCUAGAGUAACAACCAUAUACCUUCCACUACACUGCCAACAUGUUCACCAACGGAUAUUAUGUCUGCUAGUUUCAUUGCAUAUCAUUUCAGCCUAUAAUU